AAUAAACCCUAAGCCCAAUUUUAAAAAUUGGUCGUUAAACCGUAAGGCCUGCAAUUAAAGCGGGAAAGCCCUAAUUGUAUCUCAUUCCAAUUCCAAUCAACAUUGCUGGAUUGUGAAAUGCUUAAUCCAACGGCAGUCGAAUCCCAACCAGAAGAUGGUGGUUCCGCCGCGAAGCCACAGCGUAUCAAAUUUGGAAAACCUACUGAAAAUAGCGACACCAACAAGGUUGCAAACAUGAGAAUUAAAGAUGUGGAGAUAAGUGUUCCUGUUGUAUAUGGAACUAUUGCAUUUUAUCUUGGCCGAAAGGCCAGUGAGACUCAGUCACAUAGGUGGACAGUGUAUGUACGUGGGGCAACAAAUGAAGAUAUUGGAGUAGUGAUAAAGCGAGUUGUUUUUCAAUUGCAUCCUAGUUUCAGUAACCCUACAAGAGUCGUUGAGUCACCUCCAUUUGAGUUAUCGGAAUGUGGGUGGGGUGAAUUCGAAAUUGCCAUCACUCUCUACUUCCAUAGCGAUGUCUGUAAUGAGCAGUUGGACUUGUAUCACCAGCUGAAGUUGUAUCCCGAAGAUGAAACUGGGCCUCAGUCUACUAAGAAGCCUGUUGUUGUGGAGUCUUACAAUGAGAUUGUCUUUCCUGAUCCUUCUGAGAAUUUUUUGGCUCGUGUGCAGAAUCAUCCUGCUGUUAUUGUGCCCCGGUUGCCUGCUGGAUUCAACUUGCCUACUCCCAUGGAAAUUGUGAAUGAGAAGAGAGGGGAUACCAAAGAUCAUCCACUUUAUCAUUGGUUCUUGAAUUUUUCAGAGGCAGAUGAGCUUUUGAAACUUGCAGCAGCUCGUCAGCAGGUGCAAGCUCAUAUUGUUAAGCUGAGAAGACAACUGAAUGUGAUAGAUGGGCUACCACAACCACCUAUAACAGCCUCUACUUAUGAUUUGUGAAUGAAAAUAUCGUGCUGGAUUAAUUUUGGAGCUUUAUCAUCAAAUUUAAUUAAUGGGUGACAACUCCUCGUGGCUGCAGUAAUCAACUUUUUUUUUAGUGUAAUUUCUGUGUAAAGAGCUAAUAUUUCUGGAGACUUUCAUGAACAAUAGAUGGCUGUAUAGCAUUUUCUAGAGAAUUAGCAAUGAACAAUGUUCUUUUCUCCUAUGUUAGCAAAGAAAAUUGUCAGAGACUACUUGGCGUGUAUUUAUGUCUCAAAGAGGAUAUUGGAGUGGAAUGUUUAUGAUUAUAUGUUUCUA